ACAGCCCUAAUAUUAUGAGUGAACCGUUGUCAGUUGUCAGAUUAUCAAAAUAAACAAAAUGGCUUUAAAUAAUUUUCUGGAUUUUUUCCAAAAAGGAAAAACCUUCAGACCAAAGAAGAAAUUCGCUCACGGUACUAUCAGAUAUAGUUUGCAUAAACAAGCUUGUGCUAGCUUAAAUUCAGGUAUUAAUCUUCGUUCUGCUGUUAAACUACCACAAGGGGAGGAUCUAAAUGACUGGAUAGCAGUUCACGUGGUUGACUUCUUUAACCGUAUUAACCUUAUUUAUGGUACAAUCUCUGAAUACUGUACCGAACAGACAUGUCCUACUAUGUCUGGAGGCCCUAGAUUCGAAUACUUAUGGGCAGACGGUGAUAAAUUCAAGAAACCUACACCUUUACCGGCCAGAGAAUAUAUAAGUUAUCUUAUGGACUGGAUUGAAAUGCAAAUAAAUAACCAAGCAUUGUUUCCAUGUACCAGUGAUCUACCUUUUCCGAAAAACUUUGCUAGUCACUGUAGCAAGAUUCUAGCAAGGCUGCACAGGGUGUUUGUGCAUGUCUAUAUACAUCACUUUCAAAAUGUCGUUGCUAUAUCAGCUGAAGCUCACGUGAAUACUUGCUACAAACACUUCUACUAUUUUGUGACAGAAUUUGAUCUAGUAAGUCGAAAAGAAUUGGAACCUUUACAAGAGAUGUCUUCAAGGAUAUGUAAAGAUCUUCCUAUUUAGAAAAAAAAUCUAUAAAUUGCUUUAAGUAUAAUUUUGGUGUGUUUAACGAUUAAUUCACUGUUUGUACUUGUAUAAAAUAAUGUGGUUUUGUAAAAGGGCUACUAAAAAAGGUAGGUUAAUUGCUCAUUUAAUAUUUUGAAACUGUUUUUACAAAAUUUUUGAUACUUACUGCCUGCUGAGAUGAGAUUUAUAACUAUUGUAACUUUAUAUUCAGUAUAAAUUAAUAAUCUUUAUAGAAAAUUACUCAAUUUUACAUUAGAAAUCAAAGUAAGGUGUAUAGUUUUGAAAAUAUUUAUUUUAUGAAGAACUUAAUCAUAAUUUUGUUUAUAUUAAAACUAUUCACAGAAUCAAAUAGAUUGAAAAUUUAAUUAUCAGAAAAAAUUAAAUAAAACAUUAAAUAUUUUUAAUGUUUUUUCUUGUUUCUGUAUAUCUGUUUCAUAAGCUUUAAUUUUCUUUCUAAUGUUUUUAUUUAUUUAUACAGGGUGACCCAUUAUUAUGUAAAAAAAAUUGAGUGAAAAUUUUUGAAAUAAUUCUGGGCCACCCUGUGUAUUUUUGUUAUUAUACUAAUUUAUGUUGAUGUUGACAUAUAAAACAUGAUGAUAUUAUGAUGAUACAUAUAUUAAAAAUAUAUGAUAUUUAUCAUAGAAAGUGAUAUUUUUGUCUCCAAUAUAAUAAAAAAAUACUCAAGCUGAUUUAGUUUCAAGCAUUAAUUUGUAACCUUACUAUUUGUACAAUUUAUACAGGGUGGCUCCAAGAAAAACGAAUUUAUAGCAUUUUUUAAAAAUAAUAGAGUAAUACAAAUCUUCUGAAACUAAGUUAUAAAAAUGAAAAUAUCUAGGCAAAUCUUUGUCUGAGGGGUAGACAACCUUAAUGGUAUUUUGAAGAGGCGUGACUUCUGCAUCGAAAAUCAUAAUAAUAUACUAGGUGUUCCGUUUAAAAUAAAAGUGUAACUUGCUUUUAAAAGUAACCAAUGUUCAAUAUCAAUUUUGCCACACCCUCUAUAACUUUUCGGGUCAGGUUUUAAUUAGAUUUAACGAACAACGGUCAUUUUAAGUAAAUAUCAGGCUGUACAGGAUAAAUUCUAAUUCAGAUAGAUUUUAUUGAAAUUUAAAAUAAUGUCUUAUUCAGUUUUAGAAAAUGUUAAAACUUUCUUUGGGGACACCCUGUAGCACUAUAUAUUUUAAAAAAUGCUCUAAAUUAAGCUACAUGUGCUCACAAAGAAUUGACGUUCUCCGUGUAGCCUCGUAAUUUUAUGUUGUAAAUGCCAUAUUGUAUCAAAUUAGAAAUUAAUUCCUAUCUCAAGCCAUAUUGUGUCUAUCAAAUAGAAUUUUUGAGUUUUCCGGUAUAUUAUUGUACUCCAAAGAUUAUUAAAUACUUGUAGGUAAUUUAUUAUAUAACACUUUAUACACUGAUAUUAUAAAAUAUUUUACUAAUACAUUAUAUAGUAACGCAA